CGCUCCCCUUACUUUCUCCUGAUCUGAUCAACUACAACUGGAGAUCCGUCAAGAUGGCCCUCAAACGUAAAGAGUCUAUUGACCACAUGGACACAGUCAACGACCUCGUCUACAAGAAAGCUAAGAUGGGAGAGUACACCGACUUCGCCCUGGAGUGUGACGGUGUCGAAAUCCCUGUCCAUAAAGUGAUUGUCUGUUCUCAGAUAAAGGCAUUCGCAGCUGCCUGCGCUGGAGGCUUCAAGGAGGGUUGUUCCGGCGUUUAUCGAAUGGACGAGUUCCCAUUAUCCUCGAUCCGCCAUAUGGUACAGUUUCUCUACACCGGAGACUAUGACCUUCCAAGCGACGCCGACAAGUCUCCUUCGGACCAGAACCUCGUUCCGCCUCCCUCUCAUUCCUCCUCCUCCUCCUCCUCCUCCUCCUCUUCCUCCUCCUCCUCCGCUGCUAUUACCACCGCUACCGUCACCGCCGAUCUCUCGAAGAACCUUGUUGCACACAUCCAUAUGGCCGAGAUCGCGGAUUACUACAGCGUGCCAAGACUCAAAGAACUCGUUCACAAGAAGGUUGACGAGACGCUGCAACUGCCGUGGUCCCCGGAGGGCUUCGCUGGCGCGGUGACGAUGGCUUUCAAGAUUGGCGAUGAUGGCGUACUGCGCGACAAGCUUGCAGCGACCGUCGCCGACCAUCUCGACGAUUUCCUACGGACUGACAGUCGCAUGAAUCUCUUCACGCACGAUGCGUCCUUCCGAGUCCUGCGACUCCCGAACGAAAAACUAAAAGAGUCGGAGAGACGGACAAAGGAAUGGCAGAUACAAAUCAAGAAGUCGCUUGAGCUACGAACACGCCUCGCACAGCAAUUGCGAAGCGAGCCACUUGCCUGA